GACUCAUACUGUGAGACAAUACGGCGUGGUUUGCUACAUAUGACAACACUCUGAUUGACGAAGAAAUGACUACAAUACCCUUCACAUCUAUUCCACCGACGGAACGAUGAAAUGGAAUGAUGAUGACUGAUGACCGUCGCUCGCUCGAUAGGAAAUUGCGGUGCCUAGAAGAUCAAAGGAGCGCCGAGCAGUUGGAGAGUGUGAGAUGACAAUGGGAACACCGACGCAGGCAUACGGUGAGCCAUGUUACUGGGAUAACAGAUAUGCCAAUGAAUCAGGGCCCUUUGAUUGGUAUCAGAAGUAUGCUUCCUUGGCUCCCCUCAUCAAUCUCUACACCCCUCGCCACCACCAUCCUCGAAUCCUCGUCAUUGGAUGUGGCAACUCAGCGUUUAGCGAAGGAAUGGUAGACGAUGGAUACGAGGAUGUGGUAAACGUCGAUAUAUCCUCUGUGGUUAUUGAAGCUAUGAAGAAGAAGUACUCUAAUCGUCCUCAAUUGAAAUAUAUUCAAAUGGAUGUCCGAGAUAUGAAUGCUUUUCAAACAGGUUCCUUUGAUGCUGUUAUUGAUAAAGGAACUCUAGACUCUAUCUUGUGUGGAAAUAACUCAAGACAAAAUGCUGCCAAGAUGUUUGAAGAGGUUUGGAGGGUCCUCAAGGAUAAAGGAGUAUAUAUCCUGGUUACUUAUGGAGCUCCAGUGUAUCGCUUAUGCAUGUUGAGAGAAUCUUGCUUGUGGGGGAUAAAACUCCAUGUGAUAGAAAAGCUUUUGUCUGGAGGAGUCUCUGAGCAUCCAAUAUGGGAGUUGACAAAUCCUGUUCUGCUUGAUGACAAUGGUAACUCAGUAGAAGCGACACUUGGAAAGAACCCUGAUGUUCACUACAUUUAUGUUUGCACAAAGGAUGAAUCUUUGAAGCCAAGCCAAAAACACGAUGAGGCAGUUGAAUGGGAAGUGUUACGAUGUCCAACUCAAUAAAGUGUGUGCUGGUGCAUGAAGUUUCUGGCAUUGUAGGCUUUGGAUCCCUUGCAUUGCAAGGGCCAAGGAGGUUUUUCAUGGUUUGAACCUUUGACAUCCAGGUCACGGUGAAGUAACCUUACCUUGUACCAAGGCUCAUCCUCAGCCAACAUGUUGCAAUGCAACUCUGUUUCUUUUAUGUGAAUAAUUGGACAUCCUAUGCUGACAUAAUAAUUGUUGGUUCAGUGGAUGUUAUCUGUAUUAUGAUUAGCCAUGACUUCAUUUUAGCCCUCAACUGAUAUCUUGAUGGGACUGUAUGCCAAAGCAAAAUGUAAUAUUUUACUAUUCUCCAUUUUCCACUAGAUUGGCUUGUAUUUAUGAUUGUGUGACUAUUUAGAUUAUUUACUUUUGAAUGAUGAAUUCUUUUGGUUGCUUGUGCUGAUGGAUA